GUUAGGGGAGGUGGGGAGAGGGCCGGAAGUGACGCGCACAGGUUCCGGUUGGCCGGAGCCCAGCGGCGGGUGUGAGAGUCGGUCCAGAGCCGCUUCCAGGAUCCGGAGCAACCGGGGUCGGAGCGGAAUAUUCACAAACCAUUGUCACACAGAACAUCAUUCUACUUUUGAAAGAAAGAAUUGUCAGUAUAUAGAGGGCAUUUAAGGUUGAGUAACUAGAUGAUGUCAUUAAGGAGAGAGUAUAAAGAAUACAAAAAGGAAACUAGGACCUGGAUCUGAAGAACUCUACAAAGCAGAGGAAGAGGAGGGGCUUCAGUGGAGGAACCAAAGAAACGGGAAGAAAAAUAGGAGAGAGUAUUUUUAAAAAAAGGGAGUGGAUACUUGUAUGCUGCUGAAGCUCCUUAAGACUGAUAUAUGAAAUGGCAGAGAAUGGAAAAAAUUGUGACCAGAGACGUGUGGCAAUGAGCAAGGAACAGCAAAAUGGAAAUUUCACAGAUCCUUCUUCAAUGAAUGAAAAGAAGAGGAGGGAUCGGGAAGAAAGGCAAAAUAUUGUCCUUUGGAGACAGCCAUUUACUACCUUGCAGUAUUUUUCUCUGGAAGUCCUUAUAAUAUUGAAGGAAUGGACCUCAAAAUUAUGGCAUCGUCAAAGCAUUGUGGUGUCUUUUUUACUGCUGCUUGCUGUGCUUAUAGCUACGUAUUAUGUUGAAGGAGCACAUCAACAGUAUGUGCAACGUAUAGAGAAGCAGUUUCUCUUGUAUGCCUACUGGAUAGGCUUGGGAAUAUUGUCUUCUGUCGGACUUGGAACAGGGCUGCAUACCUUUCUGCUUUACCUGGGUCCACAUAUAGCUUCGGUUACAUUAGCUGCUUACGAAUGCAACUCUGUUGAUUUCCCUGAGCCACCCUAUCCUGACCAGAUUAUUUGUCCAGAUAAAGAGAACAUUGAAGGAACAAUUUCUUUGUGGAGUAUCAUCUCAAAAGUUAGGAUUGAGGCCUGCAUGUGGGGAAUCGGCACAGCAAUCGGAGAAUUGCCGCCAUAUUUCAUGGCAAGGGCAGCUCGCCUCUCAGGUGCUGAACCAGAUGAUGAAGAGUAUCAGGAGUUUGAAGAGAUGCUGGAACAUGCAGAGACUGCACAAGACUUUGCCUCUCGAGCUAAACUGGCAGUUCAAAACCUGGUACAGAAGGUUGGAUUUUUUGGAAUUUUGGCAUGUGCUUCAAUUCCAAACCCUUUAUUUGACCUGGCUGGAAUAACAUGUGGACAUUUUCUUGUACCUUUUUGGACCUUCUUUGGUGCAACGCUUAUUGGAAAAGCAAUAAUUAAAAUGCAUAUCCAGAAAAUUUUUGUUAUCAUAACGUUCAGCAAGCACAUAGUGGAACAGAUGGUGGCUUUCAUUGGUGCUGUCCCUGGCAUAGGUCCGUCUCUGCAGAAGCCGUUCCAGGAGUACCUGGAGGCCCAGCGGCAGAAGCUUCACCAUAGAAGCAACGAGGGGACACCGCAGGGAGAAAACUGGUUGUCCUGGCUGUUUGAGAAGUUGGUCAUUGUGAUGGUGUGUUACUUCAUCCUGUCUAUCAUUAAUUCCAUGGCACAAAGUUAUGCCAAACGAAUUCAGCAACGCUUGAACUCAGAGGAAAAAACUAAAUAAGCAGAGAAAAAGUUAUUACCUGCCGAAAGUAGAAUGGGUGGGUUCUGUCUUAAAGUGAGAAGAAUCCAAACCAGGAAGGAAAAUUCCCUUUUCCAACCUGUAUCAGUUUUAAAACCUUAAUUCCUGAAAGCAGUUUAGCCCAUAUGUUGCACUGACAUGCUUGUUCUUGGUUUGUUAAGGUAAGGUAUCCACUCUCAAUUCAGCCCAUGUUGUAUUUUAUCAGGGUGAAAUGUGAUGUCACCCUCAAACUUAACAGUAAUUGGCCUUCUGUUCCUUACUUUCCAAAGGCCCACGGAGGACAAUUAGAGAAUUCCCGCCAUACACAAAGAAGUUCCUAAAGAUGUUAAAUAUGUCAAGCUUUUUAGGCUUGUCACAAAUGAUUGCUGCGUUUUUCUAAGUCAUCAAAAUACAUAUAAAUUGUCUAGAUUGGAAAACAGCCUUGCAUGUCUAUCAUGAUACAAUUUAAUAUGCCAUCCUGCCCAACCCUUCCUCUCCCACUCUCCAAAAAGGGCCAUUUUAUGAUUCAUUGCACACCCUCUGGGGAAAGUGAUCUUUACAUUUUGAGACAGUAUAAGGAAAAUCUGGUUGGUGUCUCACAAAUGACAUGACACCAUUUUUUAUUCUGUAUAUUUAGAAUGAAGUCAUGAAAACACUUUAUAAAGACAUCUGUGAUCAUUCCA